UUGGAGCUGAGGAGCUGCAGACGCGCACUCAUCCAUCCACUCCAGCGAGAAAGAGCGUCAGUGCAUGACUGGGAGCGUCUCUUUAUAGACCUGAGACUCAAGAAAUCUUUUUCUACAACCAUUGAUUCCUUUUCGUGUGUUUCUUUCACCUCCCCUUGUUCUCCCUUUCUCUGCUCUUCACCCAGGAUCCUCCUGUUUUUUGUUUUGUUUUUUUUGUUUCUUUGUUUUUUGUGUUAGUGUUAGUGUGCACCAUCAUCAGACCAAAGGAGCUUUGUCACAGUUUCAUAGGACACUGUGGGCUGUUGGAUCGUCAUGACAGCAGACAAGAGUGGGCCAGUAAUAAAUGGAAAACCCGAGGAGGGCAGAGACCCUGACGGCUCUGGAUCCAGCCUGGACAACAGGGAGUACUAUGAGAGGGGUCAGUGGAACAACAAGAUAGAGUUUGUCUUGUCAGUGGCUGGAGAGAUCAUCGGUCUGGGGAAUGUCUGGAGGUUCCCAUAUCUUUGCUACAAGAAUGGAGGCGGAGCCUUCUUUGUUCCAUAUGUCAUCUUCUUUGUGUGCUGUGGAAUCCCUGUCUUUUUCUUGGAGACCGCCCUUGGGCAGUUCACCAGUGAGGGGGGCAUCACCUGCUGGAGAAAAGUCUGUCCUCUGUUCGAGGGGAUUGGCUAUGCGACACAGGUGAUUGAAGCUCAUCUUAAUGUGUACUACGUGGUGAUCCUCGCAUGGGCAAUCUUCUACCUCUUCAACUGCUUCACUACUGAGUUGCCAUGGGCUGGCUGUGGUCACUACUGGAAUACAGAGAACUGCGUCGAUUUCUAUGGGGAAAAUGCUACCAACAUUACAAACCCCAAUGCUACCUCACCAGUCAUUGAAUUCUGGGAACGCAGAGUCCUGAAAAUCUCUGAUGGUAUCGAGCACAUGGGCGGAAUGCGCUGGGAGCUGGCCAUGUGUCUGGCACUAGCCUGGUUCAUCUGCUACUUCUGCAUAUGGAAGGGGCCCAAGUCAACAGGAAAGGUUGUGUACGUGACCGCCACAUUUCCUUAUUUCAUGUUGUUGAUUCUACUGAUCAGAGGAGUCACACUGCCUGGCGCAUACGAUGGAAUAAAGUUCUACCUUUACCCAGAUAUUUCCCGUCUGUCAGACCCGCAGGUGUGGGUUGACGCUGGAACACAGAUCUUCUUCUCUUAUGCCAUCUGCUUGGGCUGCCUCACGGCACUUGGGAGCUAUAAUGCCUACAACAAUAACUGCUACAGAGACUGCAUCAUGCUGUGCUGUUUGAACAGCGGCACCAGCUUCGUGGCAGGUUUCGCCAUCUUCUCCGUGCUCGGAUUCAUGGCCUAUGAACAGAAUGUUCCCAUCGAGGCUGUGGCUGAAUCUGGUCCCGGUCUGGCGUUUAUCGCAUACCCCAAAGCUGUAACAAUGAUGCCCCUCUCCCCUCUCUGGGCCUGCCUCUUCUUCAUGAUGCUGAUCUUCCUGGGCCUGGACAGUCAGUUUGUGUGUGUUGAGAGUCUGGUGACGGCUGUGGUGGAUAUGUAUCCGGAGACUUUCAGAAGGGGCUAUCGAAGAGAGUUGUUAAUUCUCACCAUGUCUGUAGCAUCUUUCCUCAUCGGGCUCAUCAUGUGUACUGAGGGAGGGAUGUACGUCUUCCAGCUGUUUGACUCGUACGCUGCCAGUGGGAUGUGUCUGCUGUUUGUGGCCAUUUUUGAGUCCAUAUGUAUUGGAUGGGUGUAUGGCAGUGACAGAUUCUACCUGAACAUCGAGGACAUGAUUGGCUACAAACCUGUCUUCUUCAUCAAAUGGUGCUGGAUGAUCCUGACCCCGGGCAUCUGCGCUGGAAUCUUCCUGUUCUUCUUGAUUAAAUACAAACCGUUGAAGUACAACAAUGUUUACACCUAUCCGGACUGGGGUUACGGCAUCGGCUGGUUCAUGGCCAUGUCCUCCAUGGUCUGCAUUCCACUGGGGAUCAUCUGGAUGAUCUGGAAGACUCCGGGCACCUUUUCUGAGAGGAUGAAAAAGCUAACAACUCCCAGCCCAGACCUGAAAAUGAGAGGGAAACUUGCUACUCUCAGUCCAUAUGCCACCAACGAUGCUAAACUGAAAUCUGACGGAAAAAUAUCAACCAUCUCAGAAAAGGAGACGCCCUUCUAACGCAAGCGCACGCUGUACCAUGCUGAGAUUCCACAGCAGAAACCCACAAACGGGAAAAUGACCUGGAGUGUUACUUUUGUUUUGUAUAAAAAUGAGACAGUUAUCUCAAGUUAUAUCAUGAUAUGUAGUCUGCUCCAGUUUUGCACAAGGUGUGUUGUUUUCAUUUAACUUGUAGCUAAAGAAAACCUUUUCUUUCUUUAACUUUUAAUAUUUACAUUAAGAUACAGCGUAUUUGUCCUGGUACCUUUGAACAAUACCAAUGUGAAGUGUUGACAAGUGCUGCAGCUCUCCGUUUGUGACUCAGCACCCCAAAAUAUGACUGUGACAGAGGCACAAGCGGAGAGACCAUUCAACACAAUGUGGGUGACAAAGAUUUUAGUGCUUCACCUCGCUGUCAGUUGCAUCCAUGAUGUCAUUUGACCAUUGCUUCUUCACAGCAACCAAGGGAAUCUCACCUCUCCUUCGACUAGGAGUGAUUCGCAGGGCGAGACUCACUCUCCUUCCUUGGCCCGCCGCGAGACAGUCCGUAUUACUCUGAGCUUAGCAAAGAGUGACUGGCAGACGUGCAUCCCGGCAGUUUGUUUGCUUCUCCGCCUGCACAAAUGAAGACGGACACACCGCAGACGUACACUUCAAAAGCUGCUUCUCCAUCUGCUUUCUUUCCGUCCGUCUUGUCCAGUACUCUCUUUCUAGCCAGCGUCUGCUUGUCUCCCACUGUGAGCUUUGCUCUCUCCUCACCCCUCAUCACACGGACUUAACAAUCAAAUGUUGAUGAGUAAUGCAUCUCGACUGCUGGAUUGUUAUUGCUAACAUUGGAUGUUGAAGCACAUGCAUUCUUCAAAGACACAUUGGUUGUUCACAAGUGUGGGCACUGUCAAACAUUAGCUACCAAAGGUUUUAACCUACCAUGAAAAAUGCACAUUUUCGAUUGGAUGAUUUUUUACCUAGGUAUAUGAGAUUUUAAAUGAUCGGAGAUUUACCUCCCAUCUGAGAAUGUGGUGCACGAGUGGACUGACCUCGCGCGCUUGUUUCCCUUAUCCUGUGCAAACUGGCCUUUAUAUACUGCUGGCGUCCUGGUGGGAAGCAACGUUAUCCCACAUCAACCCACCCUCACUCCCAUGGCGUCAUGUAUGGACGUUAGAAAAGUUGCCUUUUGCAUCCCGUACUGAUGAAAAAAAUGUAGGUUGGGGUUAGGGUGAGCCAUGGGAUGGCGCUCCCUACAGUCUACGUGUCACAUUCUAUUUAAAGCUUAUCAAAUGGCCAUGCAUUUUAGUCAUGGUGACGUGCAGUACCGUCACUCAGGAGGAGAACCACGUAAGGGCUUAAAAACGGCAGCCCCUCCUGGAAUACUACAUUAGGAAACCGUUCUUGGAGUCCAUUGCAACACCUGUACAUAACAUUCAACCCCUGAAGGCCCUUUUCGUCAGUGUAGUACACAAAAGUCCACUUUCCCAACGUCAAUAUCAUGAGGAGUGAGGAGGACAUGGACAGAGCCAAGCAUGCUACACACUGCUCUUCAAUGUAAGGAGACAAGUGCUUCCAAAUAAAUGAACCUGUAACACUGUUUAAAUGUUUGAUGAAAAACUGCCUUUUGGUCAGUGGAUGUGACAAUGGUCGACACCAUCUUGGAUUAAAUGAGCUGGUCUCAUUCUCAGUCCAGUAGUAGCUUCAUGUCCAUACGUCGUUCUCCCCCCGCCUCCUUGGUUUGACCCAAUUUCUGUCAGUCUUUCUUUUUGAGGAGGAGUCACAAAGUGAAAGAAAAUAUGGAUUGAUGAGUUGAGGAAGUGCAUGAUCGACUAAGUAAUGAUGGGGGGUUUUUUUUCUAUGGAUGCUGUAUGAGCUGUGAUGUUUGUUUGGUCUCUCUGCUAUGGUUUCCUCAUCACCUCCUCACUGACCUUCGGCAUAUCUGUUUAUAUAACAUCUCUUUUAGAAGAUGUCUUGUCUAUUUCUAAAAGUAAAACAAAUGUUUUCAGAAACAGCAGCUGCUUCUCCUUUUUUUCCCCCCAAACCUCACAGCAAUAAAGACGUGAUGCAAACGUUUCCUCUGUUCAACACACGUUUUUCAAUGGUGCAUCUGCUUAAUCAUUUUUGAAAAUAAAGUUGUUGAUGG